AUGUCGGAUCUAUCAUACCCAAAGUCCAAGACGAACAAAGUCAACCGUCUGGGCGAACGAGGAAAAUACGACUGCAAAACCGUCCACGAAAUCAUCGCCUCCUCCCCAGUUCUCCAUGUAUCCUUCAACACCGCCUCACCGGAAGACUUCCCUGUCGUCCUGCCCAUGAUCGGAAAGCUCGGUUCCUUCGAGAACCCAUCCGCCGAUCUUUCAGAACCUCUAGACCUCUACCUCCACGGUUACGUCUCCUCACGAAUCAUGAAUAUAGCACGUUCCUCCACAAAGGAGAACAGUAGCUUAAAAGUCUGCGUUUGUGCCACAAAAGUCGAUGGAUUGGUAUUAUCCCUCACUCCGAACAGUCACAGUAUGAAUUACCGCUCUUCGGUGGUAUUCGGUACCGUUAAUUUGGUUACCGAACUUGAUGAGAAACUUUAUGCUAUGAAGUUGAUUACGGACGGUGUUUUGGCAGGGAGGUAUGAGAAGACUAGGGUUCCGCCUGAUGGGGCUGAGAUGAGUAGUACACAGAUCUUGAGGGUUAGUAUUGAGACUGCUAGUGCGAAGGUUCGAGCUGGAGAGCCUGGGGAUUAUGAUAAGGAUUUGAAGCAGGAGGAGCUGUUGGAUAGGGUUUGGACUGGUGUUAUUCCAAUGUAUACCACCUACGGUGAACCCCAGCCUUCGAAUUACAAUAGGGUUAAAGAGGUUCCAGAGUACAUUUCAAACUACGUCAAAGAUACCGGAGACACUGAAAGGGAGUAUGCAUUGGCUGCAAUUACGAUGGAUGAAGCUGGAACUGCUUAA